UGUAAAAUUGUCACGUUUUCACUUCUCACUCUUUGUCACUUGUCAGUUUGUUGUUUGGAUUGGCUUGAUUAGCAGAUUUAGCACCAGGUUUGGUUUAAAUGGCUACGAGAAAAAGAUCAAGAAAUCCUCCAGCGCAUCUUAAAGAUUACACUCAAAUCAAGGAGAAUGUUACAGCGAGUGUUACAGUGAAAGACACAAGUACUGAAGGAAUGUACCAGAUAGUGCUUGAUUCGAAUGAUAAGGAAUAUGAUGUCGCUUUGAAAGAGUUGGAGAUUGGGGGCAUUCCAGCAAAUGAGGAAGAUUUAGAUAUUGGAACUAAAGUAGUGUGGAUGCACAGGGGAAGGACAGGAUAUGCAGCGGAAAUAAUAAAGCUUCCAGAUGGUGAUCACAAAGGCCCUGUACCCAUUAAGAAAGUAUUGAAGAAAAGAAGUUCUAAAGACUCUGUUUCAAGUGACGAUGAUGAUAAUGGCAACAAUGGUAAGUUGUCUCCAUCUUUGUCACCUUCAAAGUUUAAACUACAACCCAAGAAAAUAGAUCUUGGCUCAGAUGCAAGCAAGAGCACUGAGGGUACUUCCAAAUUCACCUUCAGUACUCCAAAGUCCAGUGUCAGUACUCCAAAUUCAAGUAUUUCUGGUGUGUAUGAAUUACCUGAGGGUGCACCUAAUAAUGAACUGUUAAUUAGUAUAGACAAGAAACUGACACAAGUACUGGAUUACUUAAGAACAGGAAGUUUAAGGAUUCAUAGUACUUCUAGUUCUGAUUCGGAGAUAUCUAAACAAGUAGUCUCACCACGUAUUUCUCCAUUUCCAGAUACUAAGGAGGAUGAUUUGGCUAUUUUAAAAAUGCCUAAAAAAACACCUGAAUCUUUUGCUCUAAGCCUUAUGGAUACACUGUUCACAGAUGAAGAGAUGAAAACCCAUUUGUUUAUUAAGAAGAAGAAAUCUCGUUCCAAUAAAGAAGAAUUAGACAGAGAGAGAGUUAGAAAGCUCUUUGCACAUGUAACUACUGAAUUUGGACAGGAAGCAGUCAAAUCUAAAUUUUCAUCAAUAGUGGAAAAAUGCAACCAGAAAUGUAGAGACAAAGGCAAAAGUUCUGUUAAGAAAGAAGAUGAAGAAAGUGCACUGGUAGAGAGUAUCAUUACCAAUGAUGACGUGUAAACAUUGAACAAUUCUCUUGAACUCAUUACUAUGGUUAAUUUGUUUUGCUUAUUGUAUCAAUCUUUGCGAGCAAUUUUAUCAAGAUUUUGUCAGAUCUUACAAAGAUCUUACCAAGA